GGUAAGGCUCACUACAAAAACAAACAUGAGAAUCUUCAUCAACGGAGCCUUGGUCAUUGUGUCAACGGAAGCACCUCUUGCGGCUAUGCAUUCAAUGUGUCGAGCCUGGAUGGGGGCUAGAGGUGCGAGGGCGGGCACUUCAACUUUGCCUCGUAAUUACGAUUCACGGACACAUCCCAUCCCGAGUGCAUCUGUAUUUGGAUUGCAUGGCCAGAGGGAAUGAACAUUCGAUUGAGGAGGGGCUUAUUGGGGUAAUUCAAUAUUGCGACCUGCAGCUGCGCCUUUUAUCUGCUUGCUGCUCGGUUUGCCCUAGCCAAAACUAAACAAAACGUCUACAUUCAAUACGACCCUGCCGUAUAGCUGCAGAUUUGUGAUACCUUCUGGAGCAUAAAGGUAGCAUAAGAACCCUCAUACAAUCAAAUCAGUUUUGGUCAUCAAACUACAAUUCUUCUUUUCAAUAUGGACUUCCUCAGAGCCCAAUUUACGAAAAUUCCUAAACUUAAACCUGUCAACCUUUCCAAGAGUACGGUCUUGAUUACGGGCGCAAAUGCUGGACUCGGAUUAGAAGCCGCUCAUGAAAUUCUUCUUUCCAAGCCCGAGCGUCUAAUCCUUGCCGUGCGCGAUAUUGAGAAAGGUGAUGUCGCAAAGAGAGAGCUUCAAAAUCGAACGACAUCAAGCACCCAAAUUGAUGUACACAAGUUGGAUCAUUCAAGCUUUCGUUCCGUUCAGAAUUUUGUCAAAGAACUUGAAGGUCAACGCGUUGAUAUAGCAAUCCUGAAUGCAGGAACGUGGAAUACACACUUCACAACAACUACAGACGGGUAUGAGGGCAAUCUUCAGGUCAAUACUCUUGCUCCUGCAUUGCUCUCAUUGUUGCUUCUUCCAAACCUCCGUGCCGCUGCAUCUUCCCCUCGCCCUGCUGACGCACCACAACCACAUUUGAGCAUUGUUUCUAGCGGCCUUCAUGAAAUGGCCAAAUUUCCAGAGAAAGACCUUCCACAAGGUGAAAUAUUAGCAGCCUUGAAUGAUGCGACCCGUUACGCGCAGUCAGAUCGCUAUCCUGUAACCAAAGCGAUUAGCCUCCUGUGGACCAAGGAACUUUCGAAAAGAAUACCAAGCUCGGAAAUCAUCAUCAAUGCACCGACUCCGGGAUUCUGCAAGACUGGACUCAUGAGUCAGACUUCCGGUAUCAUGGGCUUAAUUGUAAAGCUCGCCUUUCUCUCGGUUGGCAGGUCAGCCCAAGAUGGUUCUCGAUGCUUGGUCGAUGCAGCAGUGUCAGGACCGCUGGAGACGCAUGGUCGAUACCUGAGUGAAAUGAAAAUAAAGCUCGAGUCUGAGCUUGUUCGCAGUGAGCAAGGAGAGGAAUUGGGAAAGAAAUUGUGGAAGGAAAUCAUGGAUGUUUUUGCUCGAGGUGGAUUAGCUGUUCAGGGUAGCCUUCCCGACAAUGCUUAAUCUAGAAUGGCUUUGAUUGUUUUCUUCUUGCGGUCAUCUUCCUAGUGGAGAUAAUAUAGGCCUUACCAUUCUUUUCUUACAUAUACUCAGUCCGUAGCAAUUAGAUUCAAAUUCA